UGUGUGUGCGCGCGUGUGUGUGUGAGAGGGGGGGGGGGGGGACAAAAAAAAAACUGCGAGCGAGCCCGAGUGUGUGUGUUCCAGCCCUCGAACCGACCAGCUUCUCCCGCUUGCGUCGACCCGGGACGUCGCUGCCUCGUUUCGGUGUGCUUUCAGGCGCAGGAGACUGUGAAGACAAGCCCCGAGUGCUAACCCACUGAAGGGUGUUUUUAACACCCCACCGUGGCUUGUCGAAGGUGGGGAAUACAAAGCGACGUGUUUCCUGGACGCCCUUUUUCCCGAACAUUUUGGACUCGCUUAAGCUUAAAGGGCGAUUUCUUUCACGUCUGUUGGUGUUGCUGGGACUGCACAACGCUUGUACAUGGAUUAUCUGUGUUUCCGGGCACUGUGCUGUAAAGGACCACCACCGCCAAGACCAGAGUAUGAUGUGGUGUGCAUUGGCCUGACAGGUGCUGGAAAGACGAGCCUGCUCUCACGCCUCUGUAGUGAAGGCGGUGACGGAAUCGUUCCCACUACAGGUUUUAGCAUCAAAGCAGUGCCAUUUCCUAAUGCCAUCUUGAAUGUAAAGGAACUUGGAGGAGCUGACAACAUCAAGAAAUAUUGGUGCCGCUACUACCAGGGGUCGCAGGGUGUCGUCUUCGUAUUGGACAGCGCUUCAUCAGACGAGGACCUUGAGGCGGCGCGUAAUGAGCUGCACUCGGCCCUGCAGCACCCUCAGCUUUGUACGCUGCCUUUCCUCAUCCUCGCCAAUCACCAGGACAAGCCCGCUGCAAGGACGCCAAACCAGAUCAAGAAAUACUUCGAGCUGGAGCCAUUGGCCCGAGGGAAGCGGUGGAUCCUGGACGGCAGCAGCACAGACCAUGUGGACGCCGUGAAGGAAAGCUUUGCUCAGUUCAUCGGCCUGCUGGAAGACAAAGACACGCCGAUCGCCAGGAUAUGAUGGCGCAAGUUAGCACCAAGAGACACGAACAGCAGACGACGUCACCGAAAUGUCCCGUCGGUGCGCGCACACCGACGAAUACACGCCCCCCCUUCUUCAGAACUACCUUCCAGGGGCCUUCAGAACCACGUAGAACCUCGUUGUUAUGAAGCUACUCCUGCACCGUGUGAUGAGGUUGGCAUUGUUAUCUCUAGCUGCACUCCUGUUGACACACACACAGAAAGUGGAGCCCAGGUUGCCUGUAGAUAAGUUUAACUCUUCCACUAAUUACUUUUCAGGAUGUUCGAGUGGGAACCAUUGAUGUGGUUUCCACUGUACAUGUGUCAAGUGUGUCGUGUACAGCCGUUACAUAUCGGCGUGUCAUUGUGUGACACCGCAUCUAGCCUGAGCCUUGUAGCGCUAUCUCAUGGAGUCUGCUGUACAGUUACCACGCAACCGGCACACCGUACACAGUACUGCUACUAAUCAUGUGACUGUGCGAGUGCGCCAAUACGUCUUCAGUGCUUUUAGCGAUGUGCAGCAUAUGGCGCUUUAUGUAUGUAAUAAUUGUUUUUUAAUGCAUAUCACACCACGCAUAAUUUGGGAACUCUUCUCUCGAGCCAAUGACUAAUACGAGUACUAGGGGCACACUGAAAGGGAACAAAUAUCCCCCAAAAACACCAGAAUGAAGCUGGACUUUGAUGAUGGUAAAGUCAAAACAGUUACGAGGAAAAUAAUAGUAAUUUUAUCAUAAAAAACUAUCAAUUCACAAGUAUAAAGUUGUAUCAAGUUGUAAUAGUAUGAGAAUGUCGUUCUACUGAAAAACGUCAGAAUUAAUGGAAUGAACAGCAUACACUCUGUACAAGCCAAGAUAAAAAUUAAACUUAAAAAUUAAAAAUUAAUUAUAUGAGUUGAGCGUCUUCAUUUAGCAAAAAUUAUGUUGUAAUAUCACACGGAAAAAAAUCAUUUAAUGGGAAUAAUGUAUUAAGAUUGGGCGAAAUGUUGCCAUUUUACAACCAUACAUUUGCAAUAUUAUGAGAAUAAACACGUAACGAGGAAACGCUCCUACAGUAAUUUUUUUACCAAUACAGGGAAAGUGAGGUCAUCAUUUUUUUGAGGACUUUGUUACAUGAAAAUGGGGAAAAAGACACAAGCAUAAUGUUGGAAUAUGAUUAAGACGAGAAGAAAAAUAGAAAAAAAGCAUAAAGUUGUUAAAUUUUAUGAUAAAAAGUCAUCAUUUUUCAAGUUGCAAUUUUACAAGCAUGAAUUAGCACUAUUACCAGAAUAAAUCUUUAAUAUUAUGACAAUAAAGUUGUAAUUAUGAGGAAAGCAUCCUAAUUUUGCACACACAAAAAUUGCUUUAGCAAAACGGGUGAAACUUUAUACAAAAUAUUAAAUAUUACAAGAAAAACUUUAUCAUUGUACAACCCCAAUUCCAAUUAAGUUGGGACGUUGUGUUAAACAUAAAUAAAAACAAAAUACAAUGAUUUGCAAAUCAUGUUCAACCUAUAUUUAAUUGAAUACACUACAAAGACAAGAUAUUUACUGUUCAAACUGAUAAACUUUAUUGUUUUUAGCAAAUAAUCAUUAACUUAGAAUUUUAUGGCUGCAACACAUUCCAAAAAAGCUGGGACAGGGUCAUGUUUACCACUGUGUUACAUCAACUUUUCUUUUAACAACAUUCAAUAAACGUUUGGGAACUGAGGACACUGAUUGUUGAAGCUUUAUCGGCGGAAUUCUUUCCCAUUCUUGCUUGAUGUACAGCUUCAGCUGUUCAACAGUCCGAGGUCUCCGUUGUCGUAUUUUACGCUUCAUAAUGCGUCACACAUUUUCAAUAGGAAACAGGUCUGGACUGCAGGCAGGCCAGUCUAGUACUAUCACUCUUUUACUACGAAGCCACGCUGUUGUAACGUGCAGAAUGUGGUUUGGCAUUGUCUUGCUGAAAUAAGCAGGGGCGUCCGUGAAAAAGACAUUGCUUGGAUGGCAGCAUAUGUUUCUCCAAAACCUAUAGUAUGUACCUUUCAACAUUAAUGGUCCCUUCACAGAUGUGUAAGUUACCCAUCCCAUUGGCACUAACAUGGCCCCAUACCAUCACAGAUGCUGGCUUUUGAACUUUGCAUCCGGAUGGUUCUUUUCCUUGUUUGCCCGGAGGACACGACGUCCACAAUUUCCAAAAAUAAUUUGAAAUGUGGACUCGUCGGACCACAACACACAUUUCCACUUCGCAUCAGUCCGUCUUAGAUGAGCUCGGGCCCAGAGAAGCCGGCGGCGUUUCUGGGUGUUGUUGAUAAAUGGCUUUUGCUUUGCAUAGUAGAGUUUCAAGUUGCACUUACGGAUGUAGCGCCGAACUGUAUUUACUGACAUUUGUUUUCUGAAGAGUUCCUGAGCCCAUGUGGUGAUAUCCUUUACACAUUGAAGUCAGUUUUUGAUGCAGUGCCGCUUGAGGGAUCAAAGGUCACAGGCAUUCAAUGUUGGUUUUUGGCCUUGCCGCUUACAUGCAGUGAUUUCUCCAGUUUCUCUGAAUCUUUUGAUGAUAUUAUGGACCGUAGAUGGUGAAAUCCCUAAAUUCCUUGCAAUUGUACGUUGAGGAACAUUGUCCUUAAACUGUUCGACUAUUUUCUCACGCACUUGUUCACAAAGAGGUGAACCUCGCCCCAUCUUUGAUGGUGAAUGACUGAGCAAUUCAGAGAAGCUUCUGUUAUACCCAAUCAUGGCACCCACCUGUUCACCUGUGGGAUGUUCCAAACAGGUGUUUGAUGAGCAUUCCUUUCUCAGUGUUUUUUGCCACCUGUCCCAGCUUUUUUGGAACGUGUUGCAGCCAUAAAAUUCUAAGUUAAUGAUUAUUUGCUAAAAACAAUAAAGUUUAUCAGUUUGAACAUUAAAUAUCUUGUCUUUGUAGUGUAUUCAAUUAAAUAUAGGUUGAACAUGAUUUGCAAAUCAUUGUAUUCUGUUUUAUUGAUGUUUAACACAACGUCCCAACUUCAUUGGAAUUGGGGUUGUAUGAGAAUAAAGUUGAAUUAAGAAUAAAGUUUGAAUAUUACGAGGAUAAUGUAAUUUUACUGGAAAAUCAGAAUUAAACAGAACAAGAUGAAUUUUUUUUUAAAUUCCUUUGAUGAGGAUAAAAUAGUAAUAUUGACAAAAACGUUGCUAUUUAAUGACAGUAAGUCAUAAUUUUUUGGCCAGAGGGAAAAACAAAAUCAUUGUUUUAUGCAAAUAAAUAUCCCAAGGAAAAGGUUUUAGGAGAGACAAGUCAAAAAAAGUUAGGGUUACAAAAAUACGUACAAAUUGCUAGAAAUGUUUUUUUUCCCCCCCGAUAUAUUUCUCAAUGCACAUAAUGUUGCAACAUUUUCCCCUACAAAAAUCGGACUUGAAUCUGUUAGUUUUUAUGACUAUUUUCUUUUCUUCUCAGUGUGCCUGUCCCACUCACGUAUGAAGUCGCACAGAUUGGAUGUAUUGACAAAUGUGCUCGAUGUGUUUCACGUCAGUGUUUACGCCUCCAAGGGUCACUCGUUGUUGUUUUUUGUUGUCGUUAAUUUGUCCUAAUCUGCGUGGACUCGCGCUGCCCGCACGCAGGCUGCUGCCAUCGCGGCCCAAUACAAAGUCAGUCAAUCAGCUGCAGCAACAGCUGCAUGUGACAAGUCCCUGUCUGACACCCUAAUGCCUUCCAACUGUCUGUGAAGACCCCCCUCUGGCCCAGACCGGCCUAAACCCCCACACACCUUCACACACGCCCAAGUGUAUUUGGGUUCUUUUUUUCCUCUCGGCUCUUGACGUCAUUUACCUGGAAUCCAGUCUACAAAAUUUAACAAACAACAGGACAACUUUCACUCUUUGCUCUUGUCUUGUUUCAUCUUUACUUUUUGAAUCCUGACUCUUUUUCUGUUUGUCUACAUCUAUUAAAUUUGUAAAAAUCUAAA